AUGGACACUCCGGUAACGGCGCCGACGUCUACGGCAUUUCCAUCAUCGCAACAGAUGUUUCCGUUGGCACGGCUAGGUCAGGUCAUGUACAUGAACGCCGUGUAUUAUCACAAUGGCCACAUUAUUCGAGACGAGACGCCUGCCAAGCUCGAUUACGGCUGCAUCAACUUGGUCUAUUAUGCAUACGCGAGCGUCGCGCCAGACGGCAUCGUAAAUCUUGGGGACGAAUGGGCUGAUAUUAGAGCUCCCGUGGACGGCGUCGAUGGAGGGCUGGGCUCGCUGAUGCAGCUCAAGCAGCAACAUCGCCACCUGAAGGUACUCCUCUCGAUAGGCGGGCCUGCUGCCUCUGGCGUGUUUGUUUCCAUUGCGUCGACUCCCGCGACACGCCACAACUUUGCGCACACGGCAGCGGGACUCGUCAUGGCGUCGGGGCUCGACGGUGUGGAUAUUUCAUGGAAUGUGCCAGCCGAUCCGGCGCAAGGCGACAAUUUCCUGCUGCUCCUGCAGGCGGUGCGGAACAGGCUACUAGGAGACAAGCGACUGAUGCUGACGGCGGCGCUACCGGCAAACCCGGCAGUGCUGCAAUACAUCGACAUGCCCGGUGCGGCGCGGGCGCUCGACUUUAUGAACCUGCAGACGUACAAUCUGCACCACGCGCAGCCGGGCCGCAGCCUGUGCCCCUCUCAGCUGUAUGCACUGGCCAAGGAGGAGCCGUCCGUGUCGACGGCGGCCGGCUUCGUCGUGUCGCGCAACUUUCCCGCGCAAAAGAUUCUCCUCGGCAUUCCCACCUUUGGCGUCACCUUUCCGGGCUGCGACGGCCCCGCUCAGGAGUAUGACGCGGUCCGUUCGCAGACUGUGGACUAUCUCGGGCUGCCGGUCCAAGGGAGGCAAGAGGGCAUUGACCGGCGCCGCAUCUCGGCCUACUGCGCGGGCGGUGAGGAGGGAUUCAUUGCCUACGACAACCCAGAGACGGUCAAGGAAAAGGCCGAAUAUUGCAAACAAAAAGGAUAUGGGGGACUCAAGCUUGCCGCCACCUACGAUGCACCCAGACCGUGGCUCCUGAAGCUGCGCACGCUCUACCUCUCACAACACGCAUAUUCGUACACGCGCGCAACACACACUCACACAUACACCAUGGCCAGCCCCUCGCCGUCGUCCUCUUCCGCCCAGCAGCAGCGCCGUCCCCCGGAUCCUUCUAUCCAGCUCUCGGCCGCCGACUGCAGCGUCGGCGAUGACAGCGGCGCCAUAGCCUCGUCGUCUACUGCUGCUGCUGCCAUUGACGCUCCCGUCUCCGCCUCUGCCUCGCCACAUCACCAACCAUCUCCUUCUCCACCACCACCGCCGCCGCCGCCGCCGUUUGAGCCACUCUUUGCGCUCGUCACCAACGCCACGACCGGCGCAACAUCCCAUCCCCGCGUGCACUACCUCUUCUCCGACGACGACGCCUCCAUUAUUCCCACCGGUGCCGAGGAGUCGUCGGAGCAAGAGGAUAACCGGCCUCGCCGCCGCAUCGUCGUAGAUCUGCAGCCACCACCACCGACGACGACAACGACGACAACGACGACAUCCGCUGCCGAAAACAACAACAAUAAUAACAACAAGACGUGGGCUGUGGCGUGUGCAUCGAGCCUCGGGUCGGAUUUCGCCGUCACCGCGGCCGCGCUGUCCAGGCAGCAAUCCGAAAGCACUAGUGCGGCAGAGGCCAGUGCGGCAGCCACAACAAUAGCAUCAUCAUCAUCGUCGUCGUCGUCGUCGUCGCCAUCCAUGAUGCUGCACGUCGAGGGCGUGUCGCGCGAUCCGGUCGACCUGCGCAGCUCGGUCGAGGUGGCGGCGGCGGCGGCGACGACGGGCAGCGCGGCGGGUUCGCUUGCGGGUAGCAGCAGCGGCGGCGCGCCCGGCGGCGGGGGUGCUGAUGUUGAGGCGCUGGCUGAGGAUUUCCGGAGACGCAUGGGCGUAUUGAAAAAGGUGGUUGGCGAGGGCGAGAAGCGUCGCGCAGUGGUCACGUCCCAGCAGCAGCAGCAGCAGCAGAAACAUCAUGACGAGGUAAGGGAGGAGGAGCAGCAGCAGCAGCAGGCGGGGAGUAAUGAGAUUCAUGACCCGGGCGCGCUGCGCUUGGCAACGGCGAGCCAGUCCCACGAUGCUGCCGAGACGACGACAUCACCAUAA